GUUCUUAACUGACUUGCCAUGAAUGUAUUUCAAUUGACUGAUUUCGUCAUAUGAACUGUAACUCGGUAAAGUCUCUGAAUGUGUUCCAUAUUGCGUUUAUUUUUGUUCAGUAUACUUUCAUGGUAGAAUAUAUAAUAUGACUUGAGAAGAGAACAAAUCUGGUAUACUCCCUAUUGUUGUAUCAUAAUCGUGCUACUGUAUAAAUUGGUGGCAUUUCCGCUUAUCUCCAACGGAUGUUGUACAAAUUUGGUGUAACCGCUAAAUACGCCCUCCGUCAACUAAAUCUUUUUUGGGGGGUGUGCCUUCUCUGAUGAGAAGCUAACUAGAUAGCCAAGUAGUUCUUUGCUUCACCAAUGUGUCCUUGCGCUGAGGAUUCGGAAUCGCCAUGAAGUACGCAUUGUUCUCGCCGGUAGCUGUGACUGCUGGGGUGUUAUUGCUGUCCACUGUGGGCAUAAUUAUAGCCCUCUACCUAGGCAAGAAGAAAAAGCCUCCAGUCACCUUGCUUGACCCUACCCAGAAAUACCACCUUACGCUCAUCGAUAAAGAGGUGAUCAGCCAUGAUACUCGCAGGUUCCGCUUUCGACUUCCCUCAGCAGAACAUAUCCUGGGGCUGCCUGUAGGGAAGCAUGUAUACCUCUCUGCCCGUAUUGACGGCAGCCUGGUAGUCAGACCAUACACACCUGUGUCCAGCGACGACGACAAAGGAUAUGUUGACUUGGUUGUGAAGAUCUACUUCAGUAAUGUGCACCUCAAGUUUCCUGAAGGAGGUAAGAUGUCCCAGUACCUGGAGAGUCUGCACCUGGGAGAUGUGGUGGACUUCAGAGGACCAGGAGGACUGCUGGAGUACAGAGGGCAUGGGCAGUUUGCAGUUCAGACAGACAAGAAGUCUCCUGCGGAGAUAAAAGUUGCCAGUACUGUGGGUCUGAUAGCUGGAGGAACAGGCAUCACCCCUAUGCUACAGCUGGUGCGUGCUAUCAUGAAGGACCCCAGUGACAGGACCACCUGCAGCCUGCUGUAUGCCAACCAGACUGAGAAGGAUAUCCUGCUGAGGGAUGAGCUGGAGGAGGUCCAGGCCAGACACCCAGACCGCUUCAAGCUGUGGUUUACAGUGGACAGGGCACCCGAGGGCUGGGAGUACAGUGAAGGCUUCAUCAAUGUGGAUAUGAUCCAGGAGCACCUGCCCACCCCCAGUGAGGACACCUUGGUGCUCAUGUGCGGUCCACCCCCCAUGAUCCAGUUUGCUUGCAACCCCAACCUGGAUAAGUUGGGCUACCGGCAGAGUCAACGCUUCGCCUACUAGUCACCAGCCUAGGAACUAUCCUCCCAGCCACCCCCAGCAUGGGCCUUCUCAAUGCAACAAUGACAUCAAUUCAGUGCUUGAUUGGGCCGGAACUACUGCUUGAGUACUGGCAUCUCUUAUAAAAUAUUGGCUCAACAUUUUGCAGAGUUCCAGCACCUAAAUAUAUACAGUACUGGCACCCAAAAUAAGUAUGGGCACCAUUUUCAGUCCGCUUAAAGCACUGCAUCAAUCUGCUGACAAAAGCCCCAUAUGGUAAGUGCAGACAGGUUGCGUGUUAAAUGCUCACUUGAAACCAAAGUCCUACCUUUGUUAGCCUCCAUCUCCUGCUGAUAUCUACAAUUGUAUUUUUAGGUGAGGUUUUAAAGCUUUGAUUUAUUGAUGUUCUUAGCCUUGAGCAGUCCUCCUAAAAACGGGACAGGGCGAACAUAACUUAAAGAUAAAGCCGCAUACUGAACUGAAUUAUGCCCAGGGAUGCAGUGCUGAAUAUAAGCCCAGGGAUGCAGUGCUGAAUAUAAGCCCAGGGAUGCAGUGCUGAAUAUAAGGAGGCUGCCCAGGCAGCUUUGCUUUAAAUGCGCACACAACAAAUGAUAUGCACUUAAGUAUUACAGCUUCUGUAGAGAUGUGUUAUAAUGUAUUUUGGCACGUGGGGCUUUUUGAUGUGGGUAUGGGAUCUGACUCCAUUUCUUAUUGUAUUUCUGUGAGACUGCUUGAGCAUAAUUAUUCAAGGCUCUUUUUUUUUUUUAAAUAUAUAUUAUAAUUUCAGAGUUUAAUCUGCAAUGCACUACAGUGUUUGUAAAAAUGGAUUGUGUUUAUGAAAAGAAAAUACAAUAAAAUUUCUGCCACCACUUCAAA